GCUGAAGAAACUGCAGUGAAAUUGACGGAAUAAAAGGGCGGAGAGGGACAAAGUGUCUGCGAGAGACACAGAGAAACAGGAAAGAGAAUUGUCCAUUUCACUCGCCAUCACACCGCCUUCUACUGUGUCGUCGCCUCAGCGCAACCCCGGAGGGUGGUCCUUCAUCUACAGAAACAGAACCCUCCUCUUCAUCUAUUUCUCUUCUCUCCUGCACCAUCGUCUCUCUCAUUGAGAAAUAUCGCCUCUGAGCUUUCAGGUGCUGAUUCUGCCGUGCCCUCUUCUUCUUGCUUUAUCGUACCUCAACCACUCACCGCUUUUCAGUUCUUCACAACAAUUCCUGCCACAUCACUUCUCCAACCUUUAACCCUUCCUUCUUGUCCCUUUGUACACGUCCCACCUCUCUAUCCUCCUCCAUCAUCGCUCCCAAAUUUUUGGUUGGUGCGAAAACCUGGACAAAGAUAAUGAUCGCCCGUGGUUUUGGCUUUGAUGUGGAUAUGGAUUCUCUUUAGACAUUACCCAGACACGUAGAGCUGCUCUCACAGCACCUUUGAACUCCGAUACACCUUGCAUGCGCGUUCCAUCCACACCCCACCCCAUCCAAUCGUUUUCUUCCUUCAUAAUUACACAACCAGCCACCCCUACAAGAAACAUACAUUCAAAUUAUUCUCUCCGCUCUUUGCCUUGGCAAAACAGAGUGGGGUGAUCACAGAUAGAUAUUUUCUUUUUAUAUUGAUUGUAUCUCUGCGUGUGCAACGGCGAGGAGGAGGCGGAGGAGAAAUGAACAGUAAGCCUCAGCCUCAGCAACCCCAGAAAUGUCCUCGGUGCGAUUCUCUUAACACCAAGUUCUGCUACUACAACAACUAUAGCCUCUCGCAGCCUCGUUACUUUUGCAAGGCGUGUCGAAGGUACUGGACUCAAGGCGGAACCUUGAGGAACGUCCGCGUCGGUGGUGGCUGCCGCAAGCCCAAGCGCACCAAAGCCUCGGCUUCUUCCUCGUCUUCCACCGAUACCGGUUCUGCCCCGUCGUCGCAGCUGCCGCGAGAGACGGAGGUUCAAAAAGACCCUUAUGCCGUGAGUUCUGCUGCUCCUCCUGCUACGGAGGCGGCGGCUUCAUCAAUCGGCCCCUUUUAUCAAGGCGGUGCAUGUGGUGAUGAUGGUGGGUAUUUGUCUUCUCUGGCGUCGAUUCGAUCCUUGAAUCCGUCGCAGCCCUUCAAUCAGUUGGGGUCUUGUUCUAAUCUGAGUCUUCUUUCUGGGUUCGGUGUUCCUUCUCUGGGCUCAUCAGUUCGUCCAUCGCAACCAUUUUAUCAGAUGGGUGUUCUAAGAGAAAAGGAGGAAGAUUCCCUGUAUGAAGCAGACCAAGUUUUAAUUCAAUCAACCACGGUCAACAGCGGUUCUGCUUCUUCUCACCAUGAUUGGACUGAAAGCUUCAUCAAUAAUAACGUUAACCAGAGGGGAUCCGAUGCCUCUCUGUGGAGCACCACCAUGAGCACCGCUUCCGCUAGUGGAAAUUCUCAGAGUCAUAAUGAUGCAGUUGGCGGGUCAUUUUCUUUGAUCCCAAAUCACCAGUGGCCUGAUCUUCCCGAGUACGACCCUCCUCCAUGAUCAUCAUCUCAUGUACAACUGCACUCUCAAAAUCCAGGGACGGAAACGCACAGUCUGAGAUAUUUAUUAACUUGCUUCGUUUUCUUUUCUGUUUUAUCAGCUUUAGUUUCUUUCUGGUCUUAGUGGUAUAGGUUGUUAAUUAGCAGCUAGCUAGGGUGCUUUUCUGGUUGAUCGGGCAUACGAUGGACAACAGUACAGAGUUUUGAGAUGUGGGUGUUACUAUUACUAUGCAAUGUGAAGGAAGAAUUAGAAGCCGCAUCAUUUUUAUCUCAUAGUCAUGUGGCAUAAAGUAGAUCACAGGGACUUUGUGAUUUGGGAUAGGUUGUAUUUAUUAUUACUUGAUUUAAAUAUGAAGUUUGUGGGGGUUA